AUGCAGAUCUUCGUCAAGACCCUCACUGGCAAGACCAUCACUCUUGAGGUCGAGAGCUCCGACUCUAUCGACAAUGUCAAGCAGAAGAUCCAGGAUAAGGAAGGUAUCCCUCCGGAUCAGCAGCGUUUGAUUUUCGCUGGUAAGCAGCUCGAGGAUGGUCGCACCCUCUCGGACUACAACAUCCAGAAGGAAUCUACUCUCCACUUGGUUCUCCGUCUCCGUGGUGGUAUCAUCGAGCCUUCCCUUAAG